AUGUGCUAUUACGGAGGUUGCUAUGGGGGCCUGGGCUAUGGCUAUGGCUCUGGUUAUGGCUGUGGAUGUGGCUGCUUCCGUGGCCUAGGCUGUGGAGGCUAUGGCUAUGGAGGCUGUGGCUAUGGAGGCCUGAGGUAUGGAGGCUAUGGCUAUGGCUGUGGAAGCUGUGGCUGUGGAAGUUGUGGCUAUGGAGGUCUGGGCUAUGGAGGCUAUGGCUGUGGCUGCUGCCGUCCAUCUUGCUAUGGAAGGUAUUCUUCUUAUGGCUUCUACUGA